ACAGCCCCCACCUUACCAGCAGAGAGCUGGGGGUCAGGCCCGCGUGUAUACCAUCACUCAUGAUGAGGCAGCCAACAACGCAGGUACUAUGUCCGGAAUGCUUUCGAUAUCAAACGUGCCUGUAUAUGCUUUAUGUGAUACCGGAGCCACUCAUUUUUUUAUUUCUACUCGUUGCUUGGAGGCUUUGUCCAUUAGUAAUGUGUGCCCAUGUGACCCUCUCGAGGUUAGUUUAGCCUCGGGAGGGACUAUUAUUUCUGAUUCUAUGAUUCCCAGUCUUCCAGUCAGUAUUGGUGGACACAUUUUGGAGGCCAGU